GUUGCAGCAGAAGGAGGGUGCCCUUCUUCUCGAACCCAGGUACAUCCGGGAGGACGGGACCGAAGACAAGUUGGUCACAGGUGUGCCCCGAGCCUGGGCGCGGUUUUCCGAUUUGCCUCGGGCGGGGACCUUUGCAGCGAAGUACUUUGUGGCACCUGAGAAGCGCAACAUGAAGACGCGAAUUGAUUUCCUUGCAGCCUAUGGGCGAUGGCGCACACCUUCCCUCAAGCAGGAGGAUGUAUCUUGGUGGUCCACUCUGUCAGAUGUCAGCCUUGACAUCAUCCGCUUCCUGGAGGUCAUGCGAGAAAAGUACCGUGACAAUCUGAAAGAGGCGUUUCGUGACAUUGAUGGUGGUGGUGGGAACGGUUUAAUCACCUUGAAAGAAUUCGAGGAGUAUUGCGACAGGCUUGAAGAUUCCCGGUUCCGCGGUAACAAUCGCCGCGAACGGUUUCGGGCCAUUUUCCGCUACCUUGACGCAACGCUCGAGGGCUCCAUUUCUGUUGAGGAGUGGCUCCAGUUGGAUACAGUGAAGCGUGAGCUGGACAGACAGACUGGGGAGCUGCAUGAUUUCUUCAUAUGGAGAUAUGGCGAGAUUGCGAAGGCGUGGGCUGUCUUGGAGAAGAGUGGAGAUGGAGAAAUGUCUCAGGAAGAGUGGAGCAACGGCCUCAAGGAGUUGGGAUACUUUGGGGCCUCAGUGGAGCUGUACUCCGUUCUGGACACCACCAACGACGGCACAAUUAAUUUCGAGGAGUUUACCUGCAUUGCCAGGCACGCCCAAGGAUGUCCUGACAAAGAGAUCUGGCAUUUCCAGAGAUGGGCGCGGAGUCAUGGAGUGAUGUCAAGGUCCAGUGGAUGUUUGAUCGCCCUGGUGCUUGGGCUGCAUGCUGCUGCUUUCGUUGGUGUGGGCAAACUCUUUACGGAGGAGCAGCGUGUUCCCAAAACGAACCUGCGUGCAGUGGAUGUGGCAGCCGAGCCGGAGGUGGAUACUCAGGCAUUGUUAACUGGCGAAAGGUACAUUGCCUCAAACCGUUUCAUGGUGCGCGAGGGUGCCGAGGCUGCUUUCGAGCAGCGAUGGGCGAAACGAAAAUCCUCGCUGCUCACUCUUCCCGGCUUUCGAUGGUUUUCACUGAUGAGGAGGUUGCCAAACGACCAGCAAUCGUUCCCAGAUGAGUAUAGCUAUGUAUCAUUCACCAUCUGGGAGACGAAGAAAGACUUCACCUUCUGGAGGAAAGGUCCGGCCUUUAAAGAAGCUCAUGGCGGCGGCGGGAUUCUGGAUUUCGUUGGAAUGGUCAUGAGCUCCUUCAUGACGAGCAAGGGACCACCGAAGCCAUCCUUCUGGCGAGGACUGCUGCCGCUCAAGUCAGCGGAGCAAAGAGAUCGUUUGGUGUCGGGCCCGGGUGGACGACCAGAGGCCGAUGGCGAAGAACUGCUCGAGCCCGAGGUCUUCGUCGCGACCACCCGAUUCAACGUCUUGGACCAGUCGAAGACGGAGUUUGAGCAGUUGUGGAACGAGCAGAAAGACAAGCUGCAGGACACAGCGGGUUUCCGGUUCUCUCAACUUCUGCGUCGUGAUCAAGCGCCAGAUGACAACUGCAAUUAUUUAAGUGUUACAGUCUGGGAUGACAAAGCAGCAUAUGAGCAGUCGAAAGCGAUCCUUCCGCCAGGCGAUAUGCUUCUACAGCCAGCCCAAGACAUUCUUUACGAAGGCAAGCUCGUGCUUGAGAGCGCCAGCCUUUGCUCUGCCAAAGUCGCCGGACAGGCAGAAGCAGGGCUGGCCUCGUUGGAGCCUCUCGCAGACUGUGCAGGCCGCUCGGCUUCUCGAAUCCCCAUGCAGCUUGCAGACGAACGGGUCCUGGAAGCGGACAAGAUCAACAAAUGGACGAAGGAUCUGGGUUCCGUGGGCCAGCAUCUUGGCCCUGGUCUGGCCUCGACUCUGACUUGUGGUCGGGCCCAAGCUGCUCCGGAGAACUACUUGGCAGACGCACAGGAUAGCCAGGCGAUCAUCAUGGAUUCUCGCGAAGGGCCGGCCUUCGUGGACUAUCCUGAGAUGGAGGACAUGGAAUUUGGCCUCCAUCCGGGUGAAAUGAACGAGAAGGCGCGAGCUCAAAAAGCCAAACUCCGAGAAAAAGAUGGCUGGCAGAACGUGAUGAGCGUGCAGAGUCGCAGCAAAAAGACCCAGGCCCUCGCAGAUGAGCAAGCUACGCAGCAAUUUCUGAAGGAGUACCUCAUCAACAAGAACUUAGAUGACUUAGACUUGGAGGAGGAGGUAGUCCCAUCUCGCGCAGACGAAGCACGCAAUGCCGUUCGACACAGCGAUGCAGGAAGUGGAACCGUCAAACACCUGAAGGCCUCUGGACGUUCGAAGGAAGGAGCCGCGGUUGUGAUUAGCGAGUCAGUUCCGGCUGCCCAAGCCAGGGAUCCGCUUGAGCUCGAGGAGGAGCGGACGCGCCUGGUCAACGAGAUCUGCUGCCCGAGAACACGGACUGACGUUCGUGCGUGGAUCGAGAAAAUCAUUGCGAUCGAGCAGACGCAGGUCCCCGAGAAGAAGAGGAAGAGAAAAAUGAGGGCUAACGGAAGCGAAAGCGGGUUGAGUGGGCAGACUGGGUACACGGCGUACACAGGAGUUACGGGUACCACUGCCACAGCUCUUCACACCGUCGGAGGCAGCAUCGCCGGCCGAAGUCAUCGACCGAAGUCCCUGGAUUCCGACGAGAGCCUCGUUGUGCACCACAGCAAAGGUGACGAGCCUUUGUCGGUCAAGGAGCGCGUUCAGGUAUGGGGAGGCUUGAGUCCAAUAUCCGUCGCUGUUCCGCUCCAGUGGCCCUGGCUUUUCGUUUGCGCAGACGCCGUUCUUGACCUACCUGUUCGCUGGGAGGGGGACUACCUCAUUUCAGUGUCCGCUGUCGGAGUUCUCAUCGACAAGGAGACAGGGGGGACUCCUACCAAACAGGAGGAGCAGCCCAUGGCCAACGACACCCCACCGGACUGGGGAGGGGCCGCCCUUCCGACCUGGGGCAAAGCAGAGGAGUGCUCGGACAGCGCCCCAACGAACCAACAGGGGAACCCCGACGGCAAGGAGAUGGCCCUGGUGGUGAAGACGGGGGACAGUGCAGAGGCACGUGCCCGCGAAAAGCAGCAGCGGAAAGAGAAUCUGUGA